AGGAAUUCUCAACUGCAGCUCCCUGCUUCACCACGAGCUCUGCCGAUUGCUCUACUCCGACUAACAGGAUGGGAGUUUGUUUCACGAAGCCUGCGGACUUCGACCGGCGGUCGGACAAGUACAUCCCAUCCUGCACCCUCAUUACGGAAGACUUCUUCAACAACAACGCACCCGAUAAGAACGAGGGGGCCAGCUUCUUCUCGUCGAUGCGGACAGCGCUGUGCAACUUGCUGCAGUGCAAUCCCGAGGAGGCAAAUGCGUUUCUAAUCCGCGCGUGUCGGUGCAACGCCCGCACGAGUGAGGCCCUCGACGCGUUUCUGAACAAGACCCUUGCGCAGAAGGCGCUGCCGGAUGUCAACCGCGCGUACGUGAUGCAAGCGUGGAUGACCUACGACCGCGACAACAGCGGCGACCUCGCGUACGCAGAGAUUAAAAACAUGGUGCACGGCCUGAACUUCCCAGAGGCGCUGGCACGCAGCAUCCUAGCCGCCUUCAAGGAUUCGAAUAAAACGGUGAGCUAUACAGCGUUUGAGCAGGCCUACGAAGAGGCGACCGCCUUCAACGAACUGGGGUACGUCUUCGACGAGGUGGCGAACAACUCCAAGGUAAUGUCCCGUGCCGUCUUCACCGAAUUUAUGCGCGACGUCCAACAAGGUCCCUUCGACAGCGCCUUCGUCGAGGACACCCUCGCCUCCCUCGGCUGCGUGGAUGCGGAUGAGAUCGACAAGAAGCACUUCAUUGCCUUUCUCUCCAGCAACCGCUUCUGUGGCGCAAUGAAGCGCGACCGCAUGUACAACGUGUAUCAAGACAUGAACCACCCCAUCUGCGAGUACUUCAUCAACUCCUCCCACAACACCUACCUCACCGGAGACCAGCUGAUGAGCGAGUCCUCGCCGCUCAUGUACAAGGAGGCACUUCUGGAGGGGUGCCGCUGCGUGGAGCUGGACUGUUGGAACGGUGGCAACCACGAACCCAUCGUCUACCACGGAUACACACGCACCUCCAAGAUUCUUUUUGUGGACUGCAUCAAGGUCAUCAAAGAGUACGCCUUUGAAGCAUCGCCGUAUCCUGUCAUCCUCUCCCUCGAGGUGCACACCUCCGUCAGCCAGCAGGAUCGCAUGGCCGAGAUCAUGAAGCACGAAUUCGGCGACCUUCUUUUCAUACCUCCGUGGGGCCCCAACGAGAAGCCGACCUUCGACUUCACCCCGCACAACCUGCGGCACAAAAUACUCCUCAAGUCUUCGCGCAGCGACUUCUUCUACGACGAUGGUUCCGGCGGGGACGCGGACGACGAGGAUGAAGUACAGGAGAGGGCCGCAGAGGCCGCCAACGAAGAGUACCGCCACGCCAAGGAGGAACGCACGAGACACAAGCGCAGCGGUACUCGCGCCGCCUCCGCGAAGCUUUCUACCCUCAUCAGCAUCGAGUCGGUGGCCUACAAGGGUGUGGACGACCUCUCCUACCUAGCGGAGCGCCAGCCCUACCACUGCACCUCGUACUCGGAAGAUAAGGGACGGAAGGUGUUGCAGGCGAGCACGGCGGGGUUCAUUCGAGUCAACACGGCGUGUCUCAGUCGAGUCUACCCUGCCGGUGCCCGCUUCGACAGCAGCAACUACAACCCGCAGCAGUUCUGGAAUUGCGGCUGCCAACUUGUCGCACUCAACUGGCAGUCACGUCGCACCGUCGAAUGGCGCCUCAACCGCGCCGUCUUCAUGGACAACGGCAGGUGCGGCUAUGUGUUGAAACCACAGUACCUGCGGCCGACAGACGGAAGCUCGCGUGUCACCUCGGAACAGUUUUCACUUAGCACCGAGAUCAUCUCCGGUUUCUGCCUCCCGAAGCCACGCAAAGGCAGCAAAGGCGACAUUGUGGAUCCGCUGGUGUCCUUGUUUAUUGAGGGGCCGGAGAUGGACAACUCCCCAAAACUGACCAAGGCGAUCUCAAACAACGGCUUCCACCCCGUGUGGCGCGGCACGGGCGCCAACGAGUUCGUCUGGGAGGUCCGGCGACGUUCCAUGUCCUCGCUGAUCAUACAGGUAUUUGAUAAAGACCGCCUCAGCAGCGAUGGCCUACUGGGCGAGGCCAUCGUCCCACUGAAGCUGCUGCAAGGCGGCUACCGCCGUGUUGAAUUGCACGACGUGUCGGGCUACUUCAUACCGGGCGCGUGCAUUCUGUGCAACAUUUCGUAUGUGUAA